CGCCCCCUUCGGGAUCCUGCAACCUUGGAGCGUCGCUCGCGCCGGCUGCCGCUGCCUCAUCUGCUGCGCGCCCCCCCCCAACGGGUUCAAGCCACCUGGACUCCCUCUAUGGUCCUCAGGACCCCUCCAUGGCCCACCUGUCUGAAGAAGGCCAGAGAAGGGUUUUCAGGAGCUGACUGCGGGCAGGAUCCAUGCCGGGCCGGGCAGUGGUUCACCCUGAGCCCCCCGACGGAGGGUGGGGGUGGAUGAUUGUGCUGGCGGCCUUUGUCCAGUCGGCCUUGGUCUUUGGCGUGAUCCGCUCCUUCGGGGUCUUCUUUGUGGAGUUUGUGGCGUACUUUGACGAGUUGUCUGGACGCAUCUCCUGGAUCACCUCGAUCGGGAUCGCUGUGCAACAGUUUGCAAGUCCAGUGGGAAGCGCCUUGAGCUCUUGCUAUGGGGCACGACCUGUCGUCAUGGCUGGUGGGUUCUUCUCGGGCCUGGGGCUCCUCUUGGCCUCCUUUGCCACCUGCCUGACUCACUUGUACCUCUGCAUCGGGCUUCUUUCAGGUUUUGGCUGGGCCUUGGUCUUCACCCCCUCUCUGGCUUCCAUGGCUCGAUACUUCAAGAAGCGCCGGGUGCUGGCCACAAGCUUGGCGUUGACAGGUGUGGGCAUCUCCUCGUUUGCUUUCUCCCCGCUCUUCCAGUUCCUGGUGGACAUCUACGCGUGGCGGGGAGCCCUGCUCAUCGUGGCAGGCAUGUCCUUCAACCUGAUGGUCUGCGGGGCCCUCAUCCGCCCUCUGACCCUCAAAGAGGACGUGCCCGGCCCUGCGAGAGGAGAGGCGGGUGGGCUCUCUUGGGAGAAGUUCUCCUCGCUCUUCGGUCUACACCUUCUGUCCCACUGUCCUUUCAUGCGAUUCGUCCUUGCCAUCACCCUCAUCAACACCGGAUAUUUCAUCCCUUACAUCCACCUGGUGGCCCGGGCGAGGGAGCUGGGCUUUGACGAAUAUCAGGCGGCUUUCGUGAUGUCAAUGGCGGCUGUGGCUGACCUGUGCGGCCGUCUCUUCUCCGGCUGGCUGGGGAAUUGCAGAGCUUGCCACCUCAUCCACAUCCUGGUGACCUGGACGUUCCUGACUGGUGUCUCCUUGGUGCUGAUUCCGUGGGGCCGCAGUUACCUGCUUCUAGUAGCCAUCAGCCUCUGCUACGGCUUCUUCUCUGGAGCCCUCACGCCCAUCGUCUUCUCCAUCAUUCCUGAGAUUGUGGGCAUCGGGAAUAUCUUCAGCUCCAUGGGGCUCCUGCAAAUGAUAGAGAGCAUCGGGGGGCUCAUGGGGGCGCCUCUUUCAGGUUGGCUGAGGGAUGCAACAGGCGACUAUGUGGUCUCUUUCUUAGCGGCCGGUUCCUUCAUCUUGGCUGGAACCCUCGUCCUGGUUACUUUGCCCAACUUCUUCAGCUGCCUGGCCUCGCCUGCUGUCCCGGAACCCAGCACCAAAGUGAAGACUGGGGAGGGCACCCCCUUGGCGUCGGCCCCUGUCCCCGUGGUCGUCCUGUCUCCCCAUGACUACCACCCCUACAAGGUCAUACCUGAGAUACACGAACCGCUGCCAAAGAGCUGAUAAUCCCUUUCCCAACCUGGCACCCUCCAGGUGCUGCUGGACUACAACUCCCAUCAUCCUGGGCCGUUGGUCGUGCUGGCUAGGGCUGAUGGGAGCUGUAGUCCAAAACAUUUGGAGGGCAUCAGGUUGGGGAAGGCUGUCCUGGUGGCAUCUGGUGCCACUUGAGGGCAACAGCUUCCAGAGCAGCAUCUAGAGAGAGCGCUAGCUUGUUGGGACCAGUGUGAGGGGGGAGAGAGAGAGGCUUGGGUCACACCCACACCAUAUGUUUAAACACACUGAAAGCACAGUGGGAAGCCUGGGAACUGUAGUUUGUUAAAAGUGCCGGGAAUUGUAGCUCGGCAAGAGGUAAGCGAGUCUUUCCAGGAUUCUUCAGGGGAAGCCAUGUGCUUUAGAUGUACGGUGUGGCUGUGUUGUUGAAGGAGAGAAGAGGAGCUGGUGCCCCGUGCAGCAGCUGGUAGACUUUUCCCACGCUGUGCCUUAAUUAAUGCUCCGCUUUUACUCUGAGCCGCCCAAAAGGGUGGAGGUGCGCAAAAACAGAUUUCUUGUUAUGAUGGAGGCCUGACACGAGGGUGAACUGUGGACCUCAGUUCCCCAGAGGAAUGUCUGCUGUAAGGUUUCACGAGCCUUGGGGUAACCCCAGCAUUGCUGUCGCCUCUGUGCCAGCAACAAGCGGCUCAGGACUCCAAAGCUCCUUGUGCUGAAUUGGUAACCCUUUCCUCUUUUCUCCACUGGGCUCCCCAGCCUCUCAGCUGACACUUCCAUUUCACCCUGCAGCCUGUCAAGGGCUUCCCUGAAGGACUGGAAAAGGAGAGUCCCUGUCUGUCUCUCCACUUGUGGGGAACCUGUGAAACAUCUCUCCGAGUGCGUCUUAGGCCACAUUCACACCAGACAUUUAUGCCACUAAUAUUGCACUUUAAAUACUCAUAGCUCCCCCCAAAGAAUCCUGGGAAGCGUGGUUUGUGAAGAGGGCUGAGAGUUGUUAGGAGGCUCCUAUUUUCCUCAGAGAGCUACAAUUCCCUGAGUGGUUUAACAGUCAAUCCCUCUUCCCAGGGGACUCUGGGAAUUGUAGCUCUGAGGAGAUUACCCUUCACAAACUACACUUCCCAGGACUCUUUGUGGGAAGUCAUGACUGUUUAAAGUGGAAUAAUAGUGGAAUAAAUGUACAGUGUGAAUGCAGCCUUUAGCGUAGGCAGCUGCUGUAGCUAUUCUGCCUUCGCCCACAUUCCAUGCCAAUGGAUCAAUGGACUGGUUCGCUUCCCAACCUUCCCCUUGUUGGAAAGGUAAGCUGCAUCUCUUGGAGGGGCAGGAACCAUUUUUUUCCUGGGAGAUGCACGCACCUACCCACACCCUGCAGCAGUACCCCCAAAGCUGCCUCUCUGUGGGUUGCACUCUUGGUCACAGGAGUUAGCAGAAACCAGCCGUUGCUGAACGGGACCAUUUGGAGCCAUCCCAAGCAAACUCUUCAUAUUUUGCUCCAUUGUUGUGUACUUGUAAAAAGUCCUAGAAUGGUGUCCAGAGGGAGCUGUUCUCUGAAGGUACAGCCUCUUGAGAGAUGACCUGAUGAUUUGCUUCAUGCUUUCGCAGGGCCCUUGCUGCCAAGAGAGGGUUGUAGGGAGAUGGUCAUCACACACACCGCAGCACACAAAUCUGCUAUCCAAGGUUUUUGCCUGCUGCCUCUCAGAAUGGGGGGGGGGAUUCCUAUUCCUCCCAUGGCAGGCUGAUGCAUUUUCUGCCUUAGAAGUGUCACAGAGGUCAGUGAGAGAUGAGUCUUGAAUGUUUCUUGAUGUGGUUUUGCGAAUGCUCCGACCUGCCUGGGUUGUGUCUCGGCAGCGCACCUUGUGGAAAACCUAUGAACGAGGUCUUGGGCGAGUUGUGCUAGAGCAGAAUGGGGCACUUUCGAUGCUGGUUUAGCACACCACUGGAAAAGCCAUCACAGCAUUUUGAUGUUAUGUGGACAGUCGCAGGGAAAGGCCUGCCUUCUGUCUGCAAGGUGUCCAAAUCCUGUGAUCCUGUAACUCACUCGAUUCGCAGACCUACGUGAAAGACCAUUCUGUUCUCGGCAACCCCAAAUUUGGCCCAUGUAUGCACGGACCCUGUUCCAUUUGCCACCUGCCAUCCGCACAAUUAUGGGUUUGAUUUCAUAACUUGCUGCAAGGACUGAACCACUGGAAGGAAAAAGGAGGGAGUAAAUCGUCAACUGUGAAAGGCAACGGCGGGGGGUCCUUCUUACGAGAAGAAUAAAACAUGUUUUUAAGCAACAAAGCCUUUAAAGAUGUCUCCUUUCAUUUUUUAUUAAUUUAAUAAUUUUGACAGAUUAUGAAAUAAAAUUAC